CGCAUUUAUUUUGUCCAUGGUACACUCCGAGCAUUUAGUAUCGCAGUGAGUUCUCCGAUUCUCCGUUCUCUUCUCGCGAAUGUGGUGGUAAAAUGACAUUAGAUAGCAGCACAGCGUCUAGAUAACUGCACAAAUCACAAAUUGGAGAACCGAAUUACGACAAAGUUGAACUCGCUUAAAUUGUGGACCGUUCUUAUCAGUGUAGUGAAAAAUAUGUCACAGCCGCUAAUGUAUUUAACGCGCAAGGAAUGCUUCAGCGCUUGCCAUCGUUUACACAGUCCAUUUCUAAGCGAUGAAGUAAACCGAGAAGUGUACGGGAAGUGCAACAAUCCCAAUGGGCAUGGCCACAAUUACACUGUCGAAGUCACCGUGCGAGGACCAGUGGAUGCGAAGACCGGCAUGGUUAUGAACAUAACCGAUUUGAAGAAAUACAUGGAACAAACUAUAAUGAAGAAGCUUGACCAUCUCAAUCUAGACAAAGAUGUUCCGUAUUUUAAGAACCUGGCAAGCACAACGGAAAAUGUGGCCAUCUUCAUAUGGGACAGCCUGAAGCUGGUUAUGCCCAAACCGGAAUUGCUUUAUGAGGUUAGGAUUUGUGAGACUGAUAAAAAUUCAGUCAUCUAUCGGGGCCAAAAGUGUGACCCGAACAGCUAUCACCAUCAUCAGAACGAAUUCGAACGAAAUACGAGUUACAAUGAGGUGUGCCAAUCGAAUUUGUCAUCGGACUCGGACAGUUAGUCUACUUAUGUGAAAAAUCAUCGACCACCUGGAACGCCCAGUCCUGUGUGCAUAAAUCGUAUUAUUUUUUCUAUUGCCCGAAUAAACAAUCUAAUGUAGAUGGUAACAGAAUGUUCAUUAAA